AGCGCCCCCUAAUGGAUUUCUCAUUCUACCGCCAUUACAAACUGAACUCAACAACCUCUUUUCAUCUUCGGCCAGUUUACCGGUGGUCACUUCACGUGUAUUUCUUGAAAAAUCUAAUACCAUCCUUUAUCAAAAAUGGCAGAUGAAUAUUUUUUUGCUUUAACAUUAAAAGGAAAAACUAGUGAAGUAUGGGAUCCAGAAGCAAAAGGAGCAGAAGAUUACCAAGGAGGACACAAACUGAUAAUCAAACAAGCUUUGUUAGGACCCGAAGCCACCGAAGGUGAGGUAAAUGUAGUACAAGUAGAAGCCAUGACCUGGAAAGAUUCCGUAAAAAUUCCAGUAGCAACACUUAAGGCUGGUGGUCCCAACAGUCAAGUAUUGUUAGAUCUGUCAUUCCCCGAUCCUCCAGUUACAUUCUCCCUCAUACAAGGAAAUGGACCAGUUCACAUAAUUGGACACCACCUGAUUGGUAGUCCAAUGGAGGAAUUUGAUGAAAUGGACGAACUAGAAGAAGAAAUGUUAGAUGAUGAAGAGGGCGAAGAAGGCGCUGAGGACGGUAGAAAACGGAAAGUUUCAAAUGGAAAAGUAAAGGAGGAAGACGAAGAGGAGGAUGAACCAAAAUCCAAAAAAGCAAAAGCAACUAACGCCAAGGGAAAAACUCCUGUCAAAAAUAACGCCAAGGCUGCAAAGAAGUAAAACAUUAACAUCUAAGAAUGUAUGUACAUCGUAUUGAUGCUGUCAAAAAAACAGUUGCUUUUGAUUAUUCUCCUAUUUGACUUUCAUCGAUGUGAUGUACAACCAAAAAAUUAACCUCCUCCUUUGUAAUAUUAAGUUAGUUUUUUAAUGUAUUUCUAGAGUUAUUCGGCAGGUCUAAGCGACAAUUCUGAAUAAGUAUAGUAUGUUCUUGACGUCAUAAGUUUGUGAAAGUUUCUUUUAUUCCAGGUAUAAAUCUUAGUUUUUAAAUGUGAUCUAAAUAUUUUUAAGCCGGACAGCGUUUGAGAUAUUUAUUUCUUGAAAGAUCAUCCAAUUUUGUUGUAAAUAUGCAGCCUCAUUAAAACCAUUUUUUGUAGUAAA